GUAGUCAGUUGACUAUAGGGUGGUUAGUGUUAAACAGCAAUUAUCCUAAUUAAACCGUUUGUACCGAGUUAAUUUAAUUAUUGGGCUCUCUUCACUCUGGCUUCUGGUUGUGGCAUUGUAUCUCAUCGGUUAAAAAAAAGUUUAGAAAAUUUCAAAAAUUUCCCACCGAAUUCGCGUGCCAUGUUUCGAGUAUGCUCCCCAAAGUAAAUUAUUAUCGAAAUUGAAAGCUACGACUAAAUCGGGCGGAUACAUUUGUAUUGUAUUUUAUUUUGUCUUUAUUUGUUUGAAUUCUUAUUUUUGAUAAAUGAUUUACGCGACUAAUUUACUAAUUACAUUAACUAUUGACUAAUUAAGUGACAAAUCGAAACCGAUUUGGACGUUCUGACAAAGUUGUUUGUUUUUGCCCGCCUGGUCGUCUCAUUCGUCUGAAUCCACUAAUUUUUGCUCGACUAACGACGGACGGCGUGAAAGCUAUUUAAAGCAUCAUGUUGAAUUAUCAGCACUUGGACGCGUCUGUAGAGCCAACAUCCGGUAGUUUCUUUUACGGGAGCAGCAACAGUCAAUUAUCCUUAGAGCAUAUUCACGGUGGUAUUGUUGGUGGUGGACUGAUGGCAACAAACCCGAUUGAGCAUCCAUCUAGUGCGGCCGGCUACAAUAACGUCCAUCAUAGUCAAGGAUCAAUGUUUCAUAGUGUUUUCAAUGGCAACACCGAUGUUGGCAAAAGUAGUGAUUUUUUGAAUGCGAAUAAUAAUAACAAUAAUCAAUUUAGUAGCAUGCACGUAGCGUCGGUGAAAGGAUCUGAGAAUGUGAAACGAUUUUCGGUGAAUAAUCUUCUGCAAUUGGCAAGUGACUGUGAUAUUUCGAAGAUGCAGCAACAGCAACCCCACCAUUCUUCCACCAAUAAUACGACUUCCUCCGCUGCUGCCCCUGAAAUGGAAGGACUGGGUGAUGGCUUCCGAGCUGAAUAUAGUUCAUCAUUAGACGAUAGACAAAACGGUUCGAGGAAACCACGACGAAAUAGAACAACUUUUACUAGCGGACAGCUGACAGCUCUGGAAAAAGUAUUCGAGAGAACACAUUAUCCAGAUGCAUUUGUGCGGGAGGAGCUAGCUAAUAAGGUUGGCCUUAGUGAAGCUAGAGUUCAAGUUUGGUUCCAAAAUCGACGUGCAAAGUUUCGUCGUAACGAAAGACGAUCUGCUGGGGCAACUACACCACAACCAGUACCACCAAUCACGUCUGCCCACAAAAUGGAUAAAUCACCAGCGCUAUUCCACCAACAAAUGGAACUACCUCAUCAUCCAUAUCAUCUGGGUUUUCCUGGAAUGGGUAUCUAUGCAACAAAGAACUAUAAUAGUAGCUAUAGUGGAUUUGCGGCGGCAGCAGCAGCGUCUGAUGGCAACAAUGCAGGUUGUUCCUUUUUGACACCUUCAAAUUAUUGUGGGGCAUCGUCUUAUCAACAUGGAUAUGCUUCAUUUCGGUACAAAAGUCAAGGAUUUCCUUCAAUAUGACAAGAAAUCUACAAGAGCAAAAACAAUAUCAGGAUUAAACUUAAUUGAUACCAAAUUUAAUAGAGACCAUUAUAUUUUUAAUUUAUUUUGUAAUAAUUUUAGAUAAUAAGUUUAAAUCUAUACUAAUUUAAUACAAAAAUGUAAGUUUUGAAAUUCACCAAAUAUUAUUAUAGAACCAAAGUUAUAUUUUCUUUUUUGCUAAUUGUAGUUAAGUUUUGUACCUUAAGAAAUUAAAUAAUAAUUCACGU